AUGUUGUUCCUGCCCUUGGCGUGUCUGGCGAUCGUUGGCUUCGCAUCUCCCAUUCUAGCUCAAUCAGUCUUCGCUCAUGUCAUAGUGGGGAACACAUAUAGCUACACCCAAGCUAACUGGGCAAGCGAUAUUGCAGCUGCUGCCGCCGCUGGUAUUGACGGAUUCGCGCUCAAUAUCGGGUAUGUCGAUACGAUUAAUCCAAAUGGAUUGGUCCAGACUCAGCUCGACAGUGCAUAUCAGGCCGCCGACGCUGCUGGCUUUCAAAUGUUCUUGUCAUUUGACUACCUAGCUCAGGGAGCCUGGGACCAAAAUGCGGUGAUAACAACAGUCAAUGGUUACAGCUCGCAUUCGAGUCAGUUUCAGUGGCAGGGCAAGCCUCUGGUCUCAACUUUUGAGGGUGCGGAUAACGCAGGCGACUGGGCCUAUAUCAAAUCCCAAACCAAUUGUUUCUUCGUCCCGGACUUCUCAAGCCAAGGUGCAGCUGGCGCCGCCAGGAAACCCAAUGUCGAUGGCCUUCUUUCGUGGGACGCAUGGCCAAACGGUGCAAACGACAUGACAGACAAUGAUGACAUGGCGUAUGUUACAGCACUGAAUGGUCGGCCCUACAUGAUGCCAGUCUCUCCCUGGUUCUACACAAAUCUCCCGUUGUGGUCAAAGAAUUGGCUCUGGCGGGGAGAUGACCUAUGGCACGAUCGCUGGGACCAAGUUCUCAACGUUCAGCCAGCUUUGGUCGAGAUCCUGACAUGGAAUGACUGGGGAGAAUCUCACUAUAUCGGCCCAAUGCCACCCACCGAUUCCGCCAUUCCAGACGGAGCCGGGCCAUACGUCGAGAACAACCCGCACGACGCCUGGUUGAAAGAUUUGCCUCACUAUAUCGCAGCGUACAAAAAUACGAGUCGGCCGGACGAGAACCAUGUUACCUUCUGGUACCGCCUCAAUCCCGCGUCGGGGACAGCGUGUAGCGCCGGAACAUCUUGUAACACUCCUACACAAGGCCAGGUAGCCCUAAAUCCGCAGGAGUGUGACACAGACGCAGUUUUCUUCACUGCGUUUGUGCCAAAUGCCGCCAUAGCAACAGUCAACGUGACAAUUGGUGGCUUGACGCAGACAGUUUCGGCGACCACGCCUGGUAUCUUCCACUCCAGCGUGCCGUUUAACGGUAUGACCGGAGAUGUCACAGUGGCUGUUACCGCUAGCGAUGGCACCGAGCUUGGUCCCGUCAAUGGUGCAUCCAUCACAGCAGACUGUGUUGGCGGAAACAUCAACUGGAAUGCAUGGGUUGGAGGACGAAAUACCCGUCGAUGCGGUCGAACUGACCAGGCGCGACAAUUUCAAUCCGGCGCAACUCGAAUUCUCAAUCGGAACCUCAGUCUGCACACUGCAACGGUAUCGUUGUGCCGGCAACAUCAACAUGAACUCAGGAUCAAGAAAGACCUAAUCAGGGCCCAUAUACGCUCUCUUGAACUGGGCAGGAGGAGGUUUUCCACGACCCAAGUGACGAGGCAUGGACAUCUGGAUCCGCCUAAGCCGGGAGAAGAGCUCAAAGUCACGUUCGUCGACAAGGAAGGAGAUGAGCACACGUUUGAGGUUGCGGAGGGUGACAACCUGCUGGAUAUUGCGCAGGCCAAUGACCUGGAGAUGGAAGGCGCCUGUGGCGGCUCAUGCGCAUGUUCUACCUGCCACGUUAUAGUCGAAUCCGAGGAAAUGUACGAUAAGAUCCCAGAGGCCACCGACGACGAGAACGACAUGUUAGACCUCGCAUUCGGCUUGACGGAAACAUCGAGGCUAGGCUGCCAGGUAAAGAUGUCUAAGGAGUUAGACGGGUUAGUGGUGAAACUGCCACAGAUGACACGGAACAUGCAAGCUUCGGAUUUCGAGAAGCGCAGUUGA